AUGGCUAGGAAAAGAAAGGCAAUCGAGUAUGAAACUGCCAACACUGAUGGCGGAGAUGUCACGGCAGCGCUCAGGGGUGUCCAAGAGAGCCGGCAAGCGGUUCAUAGGGGUCCGACAACGACCGUCAGGGCAGUGGGUGGCGGAGAUCAAGGAUACCAUACAAAGAUACGAGUAUGGCUAGGCACGUUUGAUACCGCAGAGGAGGCUGCCAAGACAUACGAUGAGGCGGCCCGCCUCCUCCGCGGGGCCAACACCAGGACUAAUUUUUGGCCCACUUGUCCAAAUUCUUCAUCUUCUUCUCCGGCUCUCCCUUCGAAGAUCACCAACCUUCUACACAGCAGGCUUAAGGCAAGAAACAGUGCCUUAGCUACAAAUAACAAUUUUGAACCUUAUUCAUCUCCCUGUACCGAUCAAAAUCAGGAAAAUCAACUGCUAGAUGAGGCAGCUGCUGAUUUCCCUUAG